CAAUCCUCUCCAGAACCCUCCGCAGGCUCAUCUUAAUUCCUCCCUUCGACAUCGCUUUGCUCAUGACCGUCUCCCCAUAAUCUGCCAAUUCUGCGCUCCAUCGCCGCUGGAUCUUGCUUUCUCCUGUUGCAUUCCCUAAUCGUGGCUAUGGCAACCACCGCAGCAAUGGCGAGCUCUGCACUUCAAACCCCCUCGCAGUUGCAGAAGUGCCCAGUUGCGCGCUCGUCCGCUGCCUGCCCUGCCUUGGCAUCCAGGACCUCCGUUGCCUUCUCUGGUUUUAAUGGCUCCAUGUUGAAGGCGAACAAAGUUGGAGGAAGAUUGGCGAUUUCUAGUUCAAGUAGGUUGUCAGUGAAGGCCGCAAUGGAGGUGGACAUUGGAAAGAUUGUUCCUCAGGCCGACCGAGUGUUGAUUCGUCUUGAUGCUCUAGCUCCUACAUCUGCGGGAGGGGUGUUACUUCCGAGUUCAGCCGUCAAAUACGACCGAUUUUUACAGGGCGAGAUUAUUGCUGCGGGGUCGGAAGUCAAUGAAGUAGAAAAGGGACAAAGGGUCAUGUUUGCAGAUAUCAACGCAUAUGAGAUUAACCUGGGAACAUCGGACCGCCUCUGCUUCUGUCGCAGUGGUGAUUUGUUAGCAAUCGUUCAGUGAUUACCAGAAUUGUUUUCCCAAAUUUUGUAGGGCUGUUAGAGGCAAUUCUGAACCUUAGCCUUAACAUUCUAAUUAGAUGAGCACAGAAUUAUAACAACCACUUUUCUCGCUUUGUUGACUCUGGAUGAUACUCUCUUUUUGUAUGAAUAGUUUGAGUGGUAGAGCGCGUUCUUUUACUUAUUUAUUCUGGGUUUUGUACUAGUCUCAGAGAUGAUGUAAGUCAGAUACAAGGAACGUGCACUAUCAAUUUAGCGUU